GGCUCCCAAAGAGGCUCCCAAAGAGGCUCCCAAAGAGGCUCCCAAGGUGGCUCCCAAGGCGGCUCCCAAGGUGACUCCCAAAGAGGCUCCCAAAGAGGCUCCCAAAGAGGCUCCCAAAGAGGCUUCCAAGGCGGUCUCCAAGACGGCUCCUGGGGCUGGUGCCAAGACGGCCCCUAAAGAGGCCCCCAAAUAGUCACCUAACUUCGUCACCUACCCAGUCAUGCCGUACAUGUAGAAAAUCCUAAACCCCUAGCUGUUGGCUGACCUCAAAAGGGAGUAUAAGGUUCUCAUUGUUGUGCCUAGUGGCUUCAGUGGCGACCUGCAACUGAAGGGUUCCCCUGACGGCGUCGCUUGUGCUUUGCGCAUCAUCUCUUCUCUUGCGAAGGCAGCCAAGGAAUGCUGGGGGCUGCAGGAGAGACCAAGAAAGACGAGUACGCAGUAGGCGGCUCAGAACGGCAGUGUUUCUGUAAAGUGGCCAUUUUGGGAGAGGGUGGAGCUCCCUAAGGAGCACCACCGGCUCUUGUUAGGCAAGACAGUUGUGGAUAUCAGAAAGGAGUGCCAAGUAAAGGUGAUCGUGCCACCCAAGGAAUUUCCUUCUGAUGCGAUCCUCAUCUAUGCGCGCUCUAUAGAGCAGUUGUAAGCUGCUAAGCUGCUGAUGCAAUAGCUAUUAACAAAAAAGCUUGCCGAGGAGCAGAUGUGGCCCUUCAGAGACUUUCUGUUCGUGCCUCGAGUGCUGUAUGAGAAGGUCAUAGCUAAGAGCAAGGAACUGGUGGGGGCUAAGUUCGAGGUCCCGCCCUAGCAUGUUAGAAGCCAGUUCGUGAAGGUGUUUGCCCAAACUAAUGAGGGCCUUCAGGCUGCUGUCGAUGUGCUUAAUAAGAUCAACGAGUCGAUCUAUGUCACCAAGAUAGUCAUUAUCCCAGAGAAGGAUAUUCCUACCGUGGCUGCCAAAACCCAGGAAGCGGAGAUGUUGUUCCGCGUAAAGGUCAACAUCAUCCCGGCCAACAACUUGGUGUCGGUCAGGGGCUUUUCCUGGAAUGUUGAGAAGGCGCUGGAAUUCGUGAAGCCGACCGGCCUGGUGAUUACUGCAAAAGUUGAGAAGAAGUCCAUGGCUGCUCAAACGUGAGCCUACCGUUAUUGAUUGAUUAAAAUAUUUAAUCUUCUUCAAGUGGAUUUUUCG